AUGCAGUACAAGGUCGCCGCCGCUCUUUUCUUCUCUACCCUGGCCCUGGCUGCCCCGGCGCCUCAGGAGACCAGCUCCUCCAGCGUCACCAACACCAACUCGGACUCGGACUCUGAAAGCCCUCUCGAUGCUGCCGUGUCCAAUGUUCCCAGCUCCAUCCUGACUGUUCUGGAGACCGCAAUCCCUGCGUCAUGGUACGAGAAUCUCGCCAACCCCACUUCGGAGUCCCAGAUGCUCGCCGAGAUCGACGCGGGCACUAUGCCCGCGUGGUAUAAUCAGUUGCCCGCCAGCGUCAAGGAGUGGGCUAGCACUGCCGACCUUUUCGACGUUGCUGCUGCCACUACUGCUGCCGAUGCCGACUCUACCACCACUGCUACCGCCAACGCUAUGACAGCCGCCGAGGCUACUUCCACUGGCGCUGUCAUGACCAACACCAAUUCUGCUGCCGAGACGACUGCGGCAUCCAAGAAGGCUGAAUCUGCCUCGGCCUCUACUUCUACCGCCUCUGGCUCUAGCUCUGCUUCCGCCACUGCAACCCACUCCACCUCUACUGGUGGUGCUCCCAUCGCCACCGGUAGUGUUGCCAUGAGCCUUGCUGGUGCCGCUGGCCUGCUGGGUCUUGUUAUUGCUCUCUAG